AUGGCGAUCCAGAAGUAUCAGAACAUAGUCGUAGCUGGAGUUAAUGGAACGCUGGGUACAUUUGUUGUUGCAGCUUUGGUCAAAGCCGAGUUUACAGUCACCAUACUGACCACAAACGCCGAGAAGACGGCAGCCGUUGUGCCUGAAGCUUCUCACACCAAGAUUGUGCAAGUAGACUAUGUCAAGGAGGAUCUCGUCCCGAUUCUGCGGGGCCAGGAUGCUGUGGUGUGCUUAAUCAGUCGGAUGGUCUCAAAACCGCACAUCGUGCUGGCCGAUGCGGCGGUAGAGGCAGACGUGCCCCGGAUCAUCCCGUCUUCAUUCGGCAUCAAGAUGGAGGAGGAACUGCGCACCAACAAAGCCCUCGUCGACAAAUGGAAGACUUUGGACCACGUCGGCAGCCUGGUCGAAGCAGGGAAGAUCACCUCGACUGCUGUUCAGACCUCUGCGUUCCUAGACUGGGCCUUAGAGCGUGGUAUUUUGUUAAACAUCCAUGGUCCGACCGUGCUCAUGAAUGGAGGCGACGUCCCUUUGUCGACGACUCACCGAGGAGAUAUCGCACAAGCUAUAGUUGGCAUCCUCCAGAACCCGGAAGCCACGACUAACAAAGUCGUGGCGAUACAGAGUUUGCAUACUACUCAAAACAGGCUGCUUACCCUGGCGCAAGAAGUCGACCCGGAGCGUGAGUUCAAGAUCAUCCCCGUCCAGACUGAAGCGCUGGAAAAGCAAGCCAAGGAGAACUGGGAUUGUGGCGAGAGGUCUGCACCUGCCUUGGCUGGAUUUCUAGCACAUGCUUCGUAUGGUCAAGGCAAGGCUGCGUGGAGUGAGGAUGACAAUGAGCUGCUAGGCGUUCAACGGUGGUCGGACCAGAAGAUCAAGGAUUUCCUCAAGGAUCUGAUGCAGCGUGAGCCAAUUGCGCGGUACCCAGGGAAUAUUGCCGCUUCUUCUGAGGCUGCGAGUCGGAAUUCGUGA